AAUGAGUUUAGUCAGAAAUUCUUGUUAGUUUGUGAGUGAAAAUUCUAAACAUGUAAAAAUAAACAAGGAUGAAUUAUAAAAACAAGUAAAUGAAUGGUUUAUAAAUAAUAAACAUAAAUAUAAAGAAUUUGAUGAAUAUGAAUGUCAUUUAGGAGGUGAUGAAGAAUAAAUAGUUAACUUUUUAUUUAUAUUGGAUUCAUUAAAUUUUUGUUUUUGGCCAUAAAAAGAUUAUGAAUAUGAAAAUUUAUCAUCUGCAAUUAAGGAAUGUUUUUAAAAAUGUCCUGAAUUAUUUAAAGCAGAAUCAAUUUUGAAAAUGACAUUUGAAGAAUUUUAAAAAUUAUUAUUUCCAAAUUUUCCUGAUUUUCCAUUGAUAACAGAGAGAUAUAGAUUAUUGAAACAUGCAUCAGAGGUAUUGGUGACAUUUUUUGAAGGUGAAUUUGUAAAUGUAAUAAAAGCAGCUAAAAAUUCAGCAAGUAAGUUAUUGAGUAUUUUAACAACUCAAUUUUUAGGAUUUUAAGAUCAUGCAAUAUAUUAAGGUAGAUAAAUAUUUUUUUAUAAACGUUCAUAAAUAUUAAUAGGAGAUAUAUAUGCUGCAUUAAAAGGAGAAGGAUUGGGUAAAUUUAAUGAUAUAGAAAUUUUAACAAUGUUUCCAGAUUAUAGAGUACCAUAGAUUUUAAAUUAAUUAAAAGUUUUAGAAUAUGAUGAAGAUUUGUAAAAUAAAAUAAAGAAUUAAAUAGAAAUAGCUCAUGGAUGUGAAUAUGAGAUUGAAAUAAGAGCUAGUAGUGUAAUAGCAGUAGAAUUGAUAAAGGAAGAAUUUGAAAAAUUAGGAUAAAAAUUAAAGAGUAUAGAAAUAGAUUGGAUAUUAUGGUAAAUGGGUGAAGAAUAAAGAUUUGACAUAGUUCCACAUCAUAAAACUUUAUCUAUAUAUUAUUGAUCUGAUAU